AUGCGGCAACUCAAAACUACUAGUGGCCAUUGCAGCUUGUUGCUAGCAGCCAUUGCAAUCAUUAUCAUCAAUGUGCACUCUUCAAGAGUUCGUGAGGACCUUGCCAAGCAAAGUGAAAAUAAUGUUCUGGCUAAAGGUGUUACCGAUGUUCAUCGAAAAUCUCAAAAACAAACCGAUGAACCUAUUGGGGCAGACCCUUUCCUUGUACAGGUAGCAGGUCUGCAGUAUAAAGAUGAGAUGGAGGUAGCCGAAACGGGAUAUGGUCAAAGAGGUCAUGAAGGACAUGGACAGUACGGAAGACACGGGGGCCAUCGCCAUGAACAUGGCAGCCAUAAACACUAUGGAGACCAUCAUGGUGGGGAGCAUCACGGACACCAUGGUGGUGAUCAGCACUACGGCGGAAGACACCACGGAGGCUAUUACGAGGGUCAACACAGGGAUCACAGGCAGCACGACUCCUACGGAGGUCAUGGAGGCAGAAAUAGCCACUGGAAUCAACAUCACAAACACCAUCGGGAUCGCGGAUGGGGUCACGAACGUAAAUGGGGCUGGGACCGACACCAUAGCGAGCACGGUGACCGUGGAUAUCACGGAGAACAUCAUGGACAUCAUCGACAACACGACAGUGAAGGCCACCAUGGGGGCCACCAUGGACGCCAUUACGGAGGCGAACACCACGGAGACCAUCGUCAUUAUGGUGGAUAUGGCGGAAAACAUCACGGGGGCCAAUAUGGCGAUCACGGCCAUCACGUACAUGGAGAAAAGCAUUAUGGCCAAUAUGGAAAACACGGGCAUCAUAGAUACUACUAA